CUCUGUCUAGCGACUCACGGAGCGGGAAGAGAGGGAAUGCGUUGGAGGCGGGAGUGAAUAAUCCAGUUUGUUUAUUAUAGAGAGUCGCUCCAGAAGUCACACAUGAAGGGCAUGUGCACCCGGGAUUUGAAAUAGAUGUAAUAGUUAUGAGACUUUACAUUCGUAACAAAGUGAAAUACGACCCAUCGAAUGCUGGAAAGCCAUUGAUAUUUGUUGAAUUCCCAGAUCCGCGUGCGUUUACCGUUGGCCAAGUGAAAGAGGAAUUCAAAAAGAAAGCCAGAGCAGCCAGAAUAGACUCUUUGUACCUUUGUCAAGAUGAUGGUUCUUAUGAGGUUUUAGCGGAUGAUAGGACUGUGGGCUUCUACAACAUACAAAAUAAUGAUGUUUUGGAAACAACAAGCAAUCCUUUUUGGGCUGCGACAAUCUACUAUAGACUGCGAGAGGUGGAAAAAGAUCACAGUGGUGCAUAUUACACAGAUGCAGACCUAAGGGCAAGUAGAGGAUUGGAACAAUCUUCCAUCCAGAAGUACAUGGCCUUAGGAAUCCUUUUCAAUGGAGGGAACAAUCGAACACAGCAGCAACCUCCAUACUUUGCAGAGGUAGAUCAGCUAUUUGACCACCUUCAAACAGCUGGCAAAAAGCCAGUUCACAUGUCACAACAAACCUUGGCCACACUAAAACAGCUGAAAGAUGAGUAUGAACAGAACGAUAUCCAUGAAAAGGAUUCCAUUGGCCACUUUGUUCAAAGACAGGCUUUGAAAUUAGGACUUAUUUCAAGGGAGUCACUUCAAAAUGGUGAAGAGUGUAGUGGAAACAAUUUAUAUGCAAAUGGAAGGGAUGUGGGUGCAGUUCAGAGAGGUGGCGGAAAUAAGGCUAGCAAAGGAGGGAGAACAGUCAAUGGGGCUGGAAAAGGGGCAAGAAAAGCUCCACAGAGGCAGCGAAUGUGUGGAGACUGUGAAGAAAAUGUGGCUACUCUGUUCUGUCCUGACUGUCAGCCAUCCUUGGUGCUCUGUGAUGACUGUGCAGUUGUACUUCACAGGGGAGUAACAAGAAGAAAUCACCAUUUGAAGGAUGUAGUAGAAGCACCAGCCCCAAGCAAAGGCUAUACCCCUAAGGCCUACAGAGCACCAUUUGCCAUGUUGGUUGCAUUUCACAGGGCUGCCAAUGAAGUUCACAGCAAAAUGAGUUUGACUGAAGAUGAGUUAAAAUCUAGAGCCCAGCCUCUAACAAACACAGAUUUGGAGAUCAAACAAGGUCGAUGGUCGGGCUUUGACUCAAUGGAGAGUGCCUUAUUGAAGAAUGAGCUGGUACAGAAAGAGGCUAGAACACCAAAGUACUCUCUCAUGGAAAAAGGCCAGCCUCUUGCUGCAAGGUGCUCUGAAUUUGAUUAUGCUGUCCAGAAUCUAAAACAAGCAGCUUCUAUUCCAACCAUACCAAUUAUGGCAGUGAGGCCAGUUUUCAGAAGUCGCCAAGUAUGCUUGUUAGUUGAUAGUGAGGAACCUUCAAGGGAACGCUUUGUCAGAGUGGUGCAGCAGCAUGGAAUGUCAGCGAAGACCAGAAAACUACCUGUAGGUGAUUUCCUUUGGGUCCUUCUACCCCCUGGAGUCAAUCCUGAUACAGUCAGAGACAUGCCAGAUCAGGAAUUGGUUCUCCCCAUGGUUGUAGAGAGGAAAACAUGGGAUGACUUGUGGUCCAGUCUUAAAUCUACAAGAUUUCUCAACCAAGUCAAAAGAAUGAAGAACUGUGGCUUAGAAAAUCUGUUCUAUCUUGUGGAGGGUAACCCUAAAGAACUGAAAGGAAAUCCAGGCCCUGAAGUUGCACGUUUCUUGCAGGAUAAACUUGAUAGUUUGGUAUUAGAGGAGCAGUUUCUUGUGAAUCGCACUGGCUCAUGGAUGAAAACUGUGGAAUGGCUCUGCCAUUUAACCAACUUGACAAUAGAAGUUCUGCAGUCUGAAGGAAGUCCCCAGUUGAAGACAUACAGUGAAUUCUCAAGAGGAAGAAAAUCACAGAGAAACUUAGCUAACCUUGAUGCAGUAUCUGCCAAUCCAGUGGCUGCAACUGUCUGGUCAGCAUCAGAGUUCACUGACAUCAUUAGAAGCCAUUGCCGUGGUGGGAUGGAACUUCAUAGUUUACCAGUCAGGGGUGGAAAUGGUUUACAAGAAGAAAGAUCUUUGAUUGUGAUUCAAGGCCUUACUCUUUAUAACAAGCAAUGUCACAAGUUAUUGGACAAAGCCCUGGCUGAUCUUCUGAACAGCACGCAUGAAACUGCAGAGGCUUGUGUUCAAAAACAUCUUCAAGGUGUCACUGACCAGCUUGUUCAUGAAGAUGUUCCACAGUGGUACAUUCUUUGGUUACAGGUUUCUAAAGGAGCAAUGGUGCGAAGAACCGAGACAGCAGAAGAAACAGCAGAAAUUUUGAGCAAGUUUUACCAAAUGUCAGGAGGUGUCAUAGAUGUGCCCCUGCCUACUCUUAGUGAUGGCAAGAUUGGUGAUGGCAAGAUUGGCGAUGGCAAGAUUGGUGAUAGCAAGAUUGGUGAUGGCACUCAGUUUGGGAUCCAACCAGAGGAGAGACUACCAGGGGAUGAACUUGUGUUUGCUAGUGAUUCACAAGAGGAAGAUGCAAUGAUUCAACAGGCUUUGCAAGCAUCACAAUAUCAAGCCAAGGUUGUUGAGGUCAGGCCACGAGCAGUUCAGCCAUUCAUUCCUUCCAGCUCAGAUUGUGAACUUCAGAAAUAUUCCUUAGAAUCUAUUAAUGAAAGAGAACAGCUGGUGCUGGCUAUGAAUCUCAGCAAAGUAGAAUAUGAUUCUGAAAGAUCUUACAAAGACAUCAAUCCUAACCAAUCUGGUAAAAUGACUGCAAGAAGUUUCACAGCAGAUAAGCAUAUUCACAGCAACCCAAAAACUAAAGUGGAUGUCUUCAAGCCAAAAUGUACUACAGUUUUUGGUGGUAACACAAAGGCUAGCACUGCACAUGAUGAGCUUGAGAAAGUACUUAAACAAAGUCUGGAAGAGUUUGAAAACCUGAAGAAAAUUCAGGAAGAAAAGAGGAAGAUGUCAGAUGCUAACAGGGACUUGCAGAAAGCUUUGGAACUGAGCAGAUUGGAGUAUACUCAGUUACAGUGCAGUGUCACAUGUGACGAACUGAUAGAAAGGCAAGUACAUAAUGGCAGCUGUUUGUCAAACAAAGAUAGAGAGCUAGAAAGAGCAUUGGAUUUAAGUAAGCUGGAGGCUCAAACUGCCAAAAAGGAUCAUUGUACUGGCAUGGUAGAAAAAGCCUGCAGUAGAGGGGAAAAACAAUCAAGGGAACGUGAAGGAAUUAACUUUGUGGAAAGUGACCUCCAAAAAGCCUUAGAACUAAGCAAAGGGGAGUAUGAACAAGGAAAAACAAAAGCAUCCAUGAAUUUGAAUGCUGGAGGUAAAUCAAUGGAGACAUCCACUUUGGAAGGCAAAGAACCAGGGAGCAAUUCUUUGUCCAGCAACGAGGGUGACUUAGCCAAAGCCAUACAAAUAAGCAGAAAUGAUUGUGACAAAGUUGUAGAACAUAAUGGUGAUGGAGUGUUAGACAAGGAAGAGCAGUACAACCGAGGCAAGGGUACAAUGGUCUCUUUACAAGUAGAAGAGAAUGCAGCAAAGGUAUUGAUACAAAGUUUUGAUGGUAGCAGAGGACAUUCCAGUGGCAGUGAUCUUCACAGGGUCUUAGAGUUGAGUAGAGGUGAAUAUCCAAAAACUACUCGGGAUGAGAAAGAUAAACACACUGAUGCUGAUGUAGUGUUACAAGGAUCAAAUGCUGCAUUGGUGCAGUCUAGGGAAAGACACGAGCUUGAUCAAAAUGCAAAGUAUUCAACACCAGUUCAGGGGUGUGUUGCUAAUGGUGAUGUUGUUCCUUCUAGGGUACCCUUAGAAUUAGAUCAAGAUCAUGAUUACCCUUGUACCUUUCCUGCACUGGGACAUUCCACGCCAGCAGGUAGUGCAAAGUGUUCUGCAAUCUUGCUGGAUUCUCAGGAAUUAGGUGACGAGCGUGAGAGUAUGGAUGCAUCAGAACUUCAGAUUGAAGAGGUAGCAGAGGAUAUUCCAGCAAACAAGAAACAGUUAUGUCCUGCAGAAGGCAGAAGUGUUGAUGAUGACUAUUCAUAUGCAUUAAAACUCCAAAAGGAGCUCAAUAGUUAUGAACAAAGCUUUGAUGGCCCUGUCAGGAGAAACAAGACUUCAGCAGCUGCUGCUGAGGUCCAAGAUCAACUCAAGCUCUAUCGAGAGUCACAGAAAGAGAAAUAUGGGACACGCGCUGGGAAGGGAGAUAAAUCCUCUCGUGGAAUUGAUUUCAGGAGAAAUGUGGCUGCGAUUGCCUGUGGUAAACCAGUGCAAAUUGGUGUUGCUAAUCCCAUAAGUAGAUCAGAACUUUCUCAGCGGAAGCAGGAUCCACCUAGAGACCAUAGGGACAUGUCCUCACCUAAAAAACGGAUCGAGAGAGAAGGAAAAAAAUUACACUAUUCACCCAAGAAACUAGGCUUUCACAGAGAGGAUGUGUUUGUCAUCAGGGAUGAGGAUGAUGAUGACAUAGAACCUAAACCAGGUGGUUUUCCAUUUUCUUCAAGGCCGUCCUCGUCAGGUUCAAGCACUUUUGAGAGAGUUCAUCCACGUCCUCCCUCUUUUUCAGGUGCUAUGCCUUCCCCUUCCCACCCCUUCCAUCGUUCACCAUGUGAGCCAAAAGAUUCAUCUACUAAUCAUGUUUCAAGCAGCAGUGACAAGCCGAUGGGACCAAAGUGUAGCUCGUGUGGAACAGUUGGACAUAACAAGAAUUCAAAAGUAUGCCCUAACUACUUUUCAGCAGAAGCUGUUCAGAGAAGAGAGGAACAGUCAAGGAAGAGGAAAGCAAAGAGAGAGGAAGAAGAGAGAGAGUUUAAUGAUCGCCUGGGUGCAUUGGCUGCUCAAAGAUUGGCAAUAGAGGAUCGAUCCAGAACAUUGGGUGAACAACUGGAUGAACUUAGAAGACAGUCGCAAAACAUGGCUAACACCCAGAAGAUGGUUGAAGAUGCGAUAAAAAGAAGAAGAAAGCGAUAGUAAAGAAACAAAAAGACAUGGAUAAACUAAGUCAUAACAAACUUUCGCACAGUGCUAUAGAGCUUUUACUUCCUGAGUGGUAUAAUUGUAUUUUGAGAGGUUUAUUAGUGACCGAGUGCUACACCACUCAAGAAAAUAGCUUUUUCAUGUAAUAGUUCAUUUGUUUAAUUUAGUGAGAUAUCGUUUUGUUGGUGAUAUUUUAAUAUGAUCGUACAGCGCUAAAGAGCUUCUAUUUCCAGAAUAUUUUAAUUGUAUUAAUGGUUUUUGUGGGAGGUUUAUAGGCGACCCUAUGCCACACCACAAAAUGAAAUAAUUUUUCAUUUGUUAAAUGUAGUGGGACAUUGUUUUGUAACAUUUUAAUUGAUUGUACAUAAUGUAAGACCAUUAAUUCAGAAUUGAGAAAAAAAAGUUCGUCUUUUAUUUUGGGAUAUUUUAUUGGUUUAUAUAAGUGUAAUGGUUUUUACCUACAAAUAGAAUAAAAAGUUGAAGAUUUAAAACCAUUUUUAGAUGAAUAUUGAAAUAUUUUAAAGCCUUGCAUAGCAUACACAUGUAUGAAGAUGAAAAAGGCGGGCAAUUACAGUGUACAGUAGAAAAAAUCGGUUACUUUAAUAACAUUGAUGAAAAUUACUUGUGAAUUUCUCAUUUAAAAGCUUCAUGCAUAUAUCUAUGGAAGGUAAAGGAGGCUAAAUUCCUUCAAAAGUAAAAUUUAAAAGAAAAACUGUUGAAAAUGAGAUACAAUGAAAUAUAUGAAGUUCAUAUAUUUUGAA